ACGACUUAACGCCCCCACACUAAAUUUAUUUGUCACACAAAACUGGCAGUUUCUCGCAUGGCUAGAAGCCAUGGAAUAGCACAAUUCCAUGCAGGCUAGCUUGUUUUGUUUCGUUCUAUACUUUGCACUUACACAACUACCUAAAGCCAGCUGAGAUUUGCAGUUUUUUGUCAAAUAUUCUUUUUCAAUAAAGAUAACCCAAAAAUGUCAAGCAUUGUUCCUGCAAAAGUGGGCAACGUUCCUAAAAGGAGGAAGAAGCCAAAGAAGCCUGUGAUUUUUUGUAGACCUGGCGUAGUCCAAUUGCCUAAUGCCAAAUUGGUUGAGGAAGUCGGAUUAGCUAUUCGAUUUUCGGCUUUAAACAUCAAUCAAAAUGUGUUGGAAAGUUUUGAAGACAUGGGCUUGAGUGACCAACUUUUGCGAGGGAUUCACAACUAUGGGCUGGAGAAACCUGCAUUUAUUCAGCAACGAGCAAUCGUCCCCUGUAUCGGAGGUCAAGAUGCAAUCGUCCAGGCCCAGUCAGGGAUGGGCAAAACUGCCGCACUGGUAAUUGCCGUGCUCCAAAGAUUGGAUAGAAGCGACCCCCAAUGUCAAGCCUUGGUCCUAGCGCCCACACGAGAGCUGGCUGAACAAAUUCAACAAGUAUUUCAGGAACUGAGCAAGUUUAUGAUUAAACCAAACGUGACCAGCUACACUUGUGUGGGAGGACGAGGGGAUAUGAAAAAGUGUAAGAAGGCAUGUCGUGCUGGAAGACAAGUUAUCAUUGGAACGUUGGGUCGAACAGUGCACAUGUUAAUUGGGGAUGGGGACGAAUACGGGCCUCAUUUAUCUACCGAUGGUAUCAAAACUUUAGCUCUUGAUGAGGCUGAUCAAUUGUUGGACGGCACCUAUGGACGAGAUCUUACAACGGUCCUAGAGAAAAUUCCACCUGCGGCUCAAGUAAUCCUAAUGUCGGCCACAAUGCCUGGGAAUAUUCUCAAAUUAGCGUGGAGAUUUAUGAGAAAUCCAGUAACUUUCCUUGUCCGAGAUUUUCAACUUACAUUGGAUGGAAUUCGACAAUAUUACGUUAACGUGGCGGAUGCAGCUGAGAAGAUACUUACCGUAGUUGACCUCUUCCCUAUCAUUGAAAAAUCCCGUGGCAUGAUUUUCUGCAACAUGAGAGCAACUGUUGUCCGAGUUAAAAAGAAGUUGGUUGACGCUGGUCACGUGUCGGCAUGCAUCACUGGUGACAUGACACAAAGGGACAGGGAUGAGAUAAUGGCUAAAUUUCGUCGAGGUGAAAGAGGCUACCGGGUUUUAAUAACAUCCGACCUUCUUGGAAGAGGAAUUGAUGUGCAGCAAAUCAAUCUUGUUGUCAACUAUGAUCUUCCAACUCACAAGGAGACUUACAUUCAUCGGGUUGGCCGAGCCGGGCGCUAUGGGAGAAAGGGUUUGGCGUUGUCGUUUGUGGAGACCAAAGAGCUUAAGAUGUUUGAAGGGAUAAAGGCAUUUUACCAGACUGACAUUCAACCCAUGCCAGCAGAGCAAGAAUUUCUUGCGCAGUUGGGCCAGUGCUAAACUUGAAAUUUUUGAUUUUUUUAUACAACAAUUUAUGGAGAAUAAAAUUCCCAUCCUGGUGCUACUCAUUUAAA